UUGUGAAUACCAAGUGUAAUAUGGCUGCUUAAGCCCCUUAAAGGGACUAGAGUCUGAAGUUUGGGAGAUAAUUUUAUGCAUAAAUAUUCAAAUUGGUUUUUUUUGCCACAAUGCAGGACAGCUGCAUCCACUUACCAAAUAUUAUCUGCAAUGAUAUUUUAGUUAAUGAAUUUAAACCAUUGUUGCUUUCUGGUGGAAAACUCCAUAAAUUUGUUAAAUUCAAUAAUGCUUUAAUAAUAAUGCAACCUGACUGAAAAUUCACUACAGUCUUAAGUGAGAAUAUGAAGAAAGACAACAGUCCAAGGCUGUUAAGAGCUUUUGGUGACCAAAAUUUCCCUUGAUCACAUUGUUUUAUUGAUAUGUGUCGAGAUAAACCUUUGAGGAAUUUUUUGUCAAGUAUUACUGAAUGAAAUGAUGUAUUACUUGAUAAGAAAAAAAUUGGUUUCUUCUUGUAAGGAGAAAUAUUCAAAGAUGUGCAUUUGAUUAAAGUUGGCUUUUCUGUAGUACCACACAUGUAGUUCCACUUAAAUCCAUUGUUUUGGCCCUGCUCUUUAAAAAUAUUCCUUAAUUGUUUUACUUGGAAAUAAUUCAGAUUCAUUGGGACUCAGGCCCCGUGUAUGCAGACUUGAAACGAAAGCCUUAAUUAUUUCUUCAUACUUCAUUUUAAAUAUGCUCCUCCCUCAUUUUGGUAAGACUUCUGUAAUUACAGAUGAAGGAAAAGGAACUACAAUGUUUUAAAGAAGAUUGUGAAAAUGGGAACAAGUUACCUUGUCAAAAAGAAAUUACUGAAUGAAUGUGAUACUUAUUUUUUUUUUUUAAAAAAAAUACAUAUAAUGCUAACUUUCAGGUUUUUAUUUUAUUAUGGCCUGGAAGUUGAUCAGAAUUGCACAAAACUAUCUCCCAAACUUCAGACUCGUCCUCUUCUCCUAUCCUGUUUUAUCCUCGUCAUGAAUGUUAUUGGCUCAUUUCUGUCGAAACUGAAGAAUGAUGCAGAUGUGACGGAACUGAAGUAUGACCUGUCAUGCGAACUCUACAGGAUGUCUACAUUUUCCACAUUUCCACUGAACGUGCCAGUAACUGAAAGGAGUCUUGCCCGUGCUGGUUUUUAUUAUACCGGUCUGAAUGACAAAGUGAAAUGUUACAAUUGUGGCUUAAUGUUGGAUAACUGGAAAAAAGGUGACAGUGCUCUGGAUAAGCAUAAACAACUCUAUCCUAGUUGCAGUUUUGUUCAGAGUCUGACUUCAGUGACUAACCUCGGCUCAUCCUUUCAUUCUGCCUUUUCACCUCCAACUACCUCUGGACUUACCUCUUCGCAUUCCCCGAUGCAAGCGUUAACUUUGGGUCAAGUUGGCUAUUACAGUGGAAGCUUUUCCAGUUUUCCUCAUGAUCCGGUUACAUCUGCAGCAGUGGACGAUCUGUCGCAUUUGAGACCAAAGGCUACCAACUCUGCGAUGAGCAUAGAGGAAAGCAGAUUACUUACUUUUAGGGCAUGGCCCCUGACAUUUUUGUCCCCAUCUUCUUUAGCAAAAGCUGGGUUUUAUUACGUGGGACCUGCAGACAAGGUGGCCUGUUUUGCCUGUGGUGGUCAACUGAGUAAUUGGGAACCAAAGGAUAAUGCUAUGUCAGAACAUCAAAGGCAUUUUCCAAACUGUCCUUUUGUGGAACAAAUUCAAAGCAACUCAAGUUUCACUGUUUCUAAUUUGGGCAUGCAAACCUACACAGCUCGUGUCAGAUCAUUCAGAAAUUGGCCAGUUACAGUUCCGGUUCAGCCACAGCAACUGGCAGAAGCUGGCUUCUAUUAUGUGGGUCGCAAUGAUGAUGUCAAAUGUUUCUGCUGUGAUGGUGGACUCAGGUGUUGGGAGUCUGGGGAUGAUCCAUGGGUGGAGCAUGCUAAAUGGUUUCCAAGUUGUGAAUACCUGAUUUAUAGGAAAGGCCAAGAGUUUGUCCGUCAAGUUCAAGCAAGAUAUCCCCAUCUUCUUCAACAGUUGUUAUCCACUGCAGAUACACCUGUAGAUGAAAAUACUGAAGCACCAAUCAUUCAUUUUGAACCCGGUGAGAAUGCGUCAGAAGAUGCAAUCAUAAUGAAAACACCUAUGGUUGAGGCUGUUUUGGAGAUGGGAUUCAGCAGAAGACUGGUCAAGCAAACCGUUCAGAGUAAAAUCUUAACAACAGGAGAGAAUUACAGAACAGUAAAUGAUCUUGUGUCUGACCUUAUUACUGCAGAAGAUGAGAAGAAGGAAGAGGAGAAGGAGGAUCCAUCAGAGAAAACAGCCUCAGACCUGACCUUAAUCAGAAAGAAUCGAAUGGCGUUGUUUCAGAGCUUGACGUGCACGCUCCCUAUCUUGGAAAGUUUAUUAAGUUCCAAAGUAAUAAGUGACCUUGAAUACCAGGUUAUUAAACAAAAAACCCAGACAUCCUUGCAAGCUAGAGAACUGAUUGAUACCAUCUUGGUGAAAGGAAAUGCUGCAGCAGGCAUAUUCAGAAACUGUUUACAAGAAUGUGAUCCUGCAUUAUACAUGGACUUGUUUGUGGAGAAGAGUAUGACAUACAUUCCAACAGAAGAUGUUUCAGGCUUACCCAUGGAAGAACAGCUGAGACGAUUGCAAGAGGAGAGAACGUGCAAAGUCUGCAUGGACAAGGAAGUGUCCAUAGUCUUCAUUCCAUGUGGCCAUCUAGUUGUUUGCAAAGAAUGUGCCCCUUCCCUUAGGAAAUGCCCUAUAUGCAGAGGAACCAUCAAGGGUACAGUGCGGACAUUUCUUUCCUGAAGGAGAUAAACUAUGCUAUUUUUUUCAAGCAAAUAUUUUUGUACUUUCUGAAUUACACUAAGAGCUAAUUCACAACAUCUUGAUGCCUAAAGUAUUUGCAAAGUACAAUUUAAGCAGUGCAGCUCAGUAGUCUGAUGAAAGUCACCAAUUUGAUGCUUUUAAGGUCAAUUAUCUCUUAAGUGACUAUUUAGAUUUGUAAAUCUGGGUAGGCUAGCCCUUUUAGGACUUCGUUCCAUAGUGGUUUGGAAUGAUGUAAGGUGGGUGGUGAUGUGUUUGCUACUGUUAAGUAAAAGCAGCUGUUGAUGACAUGAUUUGGAAGGUGUUCUGGAGAGACUGAUCUCUGGUAUAGCUUGCUGGCUAAUUGAAAAUAUGUUUUAUUAACUAUAAAUAAAACUUCGAUGUGGUUGAAAUAUCCAUUCUGGAACUGUUGUAUCUAUUUACAUUAGUUGUAGAAUAAUUGGGUAACUACAGUGUUAAUUAUUAUGUAUCAUAAUUCACAAGGAUCUUGAAAUACAGUGUUAAACAUCUUUGGCAAAUAUUGCUAAGUAUUAUGGAGAAAAAAAUUAUCAGCUUGAUUUGCAAACUUUGUGUAAACUAUGUAGAUUACACAAAUGUAAAUAGUAUUCAUUCUUUUAAAAUUGUAGCUUACCAGUCUUUUUCGCUAUCCCAUGCCUGAAGAGGAAAUUGCUCUUUGGAGCAGCUGAAUUUCAAGAAUUCCUGCCUCCCUACAUAC